AUGGAUGAUAAGAUGGAACAACCAUCACAACCAACCAUCACCUCACCAUCUCCACCUUCGCCCUCACCCUCGCCCUCACCCUCGCCCUCGACACCAUCACAACCAUCACCUCAACCUACAACAGUUGUUAGUAAUACUACAACUACACCAGAUAUAACUGUAAGCAGUAGUAGCAGUGUUAGCAGUGUUAGUAGUAUGAGUAGUAUCAGUAGUGGUAUCAGUAGUAAUGGCAAUGGCAACAGCAAUAGGAGUAGUAGAUGUAGCAGCAGUAGUAUAGACGAGGUCAUCAUAUCGAUCACAACACAAGAGCAACAGCCAACAACAUCAGUCAAUGUUGUUCCCGCCCCAGCGGAGACACAACCCUCGCCCUCGCCCUCACUCACUCCCUCACCCUCAGCUUCAACAACAGCCACACCAACGGCUACACCUACCUCAUCUACACCACCCUCACCUGUACCAUCACAUCAAUCAUCUACUACAACACCAUCUACAACAACAACAGCAGCGGCGACAACAGCAGCAGCAGCAACAGCAACAGUCAAUCAGAUGACAGGUCUGUUGAGGAAGGGCUCAUCGAUGUUACUGAAUAGAGCGUCUUCGGGAGGCUCGAUGCAGAGCACGAUGGCAUUCUUGCUCAGGACCUACACGAUCAAACGAUGGAUCGAGAUGUUGAUUGGCGAGUCGUUGGGCGACGACCUGUUUGGCAGCCUGAAGGACGGCGUAAUGCUGUGUAAGCUGAUGCUGGCGGUCAAGGCCAACUCGAUCCCCAAGAUACACACGGGCUCCACGCUCAACUUCAAGAUACGCGAGAAUGUAUUGUUCUUCCUGCACGCGCUACAGGAGAUUGGCGUAUCGCGCUUUUACCUUUUUGCCGUGCCCGACCUCACCGAGAAGAAGAACUUCCUCAAGGUACUCGAGUCGCUCGAGGUGCUGGCCGACAUUGCCACCACCGAGCUGCUCGUCAAUGAGCCCGAGAAGGCAGUCGAGUCCCUGACCGACGAGCAAGCAGCCGACAUACACUUUAGCGACAAGGAGAUAGCCGACACGGAGCAACUUCUCAAGCGUCUGCACAUCAACAUGGUCAAGCGACAGCCAUGCAAGAAGGCACUCUUUGCCAACGAGCCCAAGCAGCGACCCGUCUCUUCUACCAUGCCACUCACUCAAUCCACCAUCGUCGCGUCCUCUGCGCCCAACACAUCCACAGCAUCCAAGCCAUCACUAGCUCCAAGAUCCAGGCUAUCACUCUCCCCUGCUCAGAUCAUGCAAAAGGGUAGAACACAUGCACAUGAGAAGAAGUGGAUAAGGAUACAGGCAUUGGUCAGGGGCCAUCUGGCCAGGAAGGAGUAUCAUAGACGCGUUCGUUUCGCAGCCUAUCGCCAGAACAUUGUAAAGGAGAUGCUGUCCACGGAGGAGAUCUACGUGAAGAACUUGGAUCAUCUGUCCAAGUACUACUUUGAGCAGAUACAGGAGAAUGCCAACAAACUGGGCAUCAAGUCAGCCAUCGAUGAGCAGCUCAAGAAGAUGUUCUCCAACGUCGAAGUCAUUCGCAACUACAACCGAUCACUCCUGGACGACCUCCGUCCCGUGAUCAAUGACUGGUCACACGCCAAGACCAUCGGCAAGAUCUUCCUCAACUUUAUAUUGAUGCUCAAGGUAUACACUCAGUAUGUUAAGGAGUAUACAGUGUCAUUCGAGGCAAUCAAUAAUAUGAGGAAGUCAAACUCCAAGUUUGAUGCGUUUGUUAGUGAGCGCGAGUUGACUGAUGCGCGAAGGAUGAAUGAUUACUUGAUCACACCAGUGCAGAGGAUACCAAGAUACACACUGCUCCUCGCCGAUCUCGUCAAGAACACGUGGACCGACCACAUCGACUACCAAGACCUCUCCGAGUCACUCAAGCGCAUGCAAGAGGUGGCCACCUCCAUCAACGAGAAGAAGCGUGAGGCAGAGAACAUCCAAAAAGUGACAGAGAUACAGAAUGGCUUUGUUGGCAAGUUUGAGAAACUGGCUGAGCCACAUAGACGAUUCGUCCACGAGGGACCACUGAAUGUAAUCGAUCAGAAUGGAAAGGUGUCACAGAGAAUGCUUUACUUGUUCAAUGAUGUGUUGAUUGGCGCCAAGCCAACAACUAGCGGAUUGGUCAAGAAGAAGGAUGCAUUCAAGGUUAAGGAGUCGAUCAGGAUGAGUUUGGUAACCGUUAGGUCGCCAACAGCACAAGACACAGCUUUUUCGACGUCGUCGCGAACAGGUACUCAGCAACAGCUCAGUUCUUCACAAGAGAAACCACAUGGUCUCGUCAGUUCACAGGAGAAGCCAACGACGUCCACAUCGACAUCCGCCGCAACCACUCAUUCACCAUCGCUCACCGCCACCAACAGUAGCGGCAACCUCGGCAGCGGCAGCAGCAGCAGCAAUCAAUCACCAUUGCUUUCAAGCUCCAGCAGCACCUCCACAUCCAGCAGCAAGCCACCAAACAAGCCUCCUCCAAAGAUCCCAGAUAACGCCACAACAUUCAAGCCAGCCAUAAACCCAUCACAACAACAACCAACUACACAACCAUUUUUAAGACAACCAGCCCCGACCACCUCGACACGACCACCCCUUUCCUCCUCAACAACGACAACAACUACACCACCUACCAACAACACAAGAACCAGAACAUCAACUACCACUACAAGCUCCCCUCCACUCACAUUGGGGAAGGAGAGACACAUGACCAUUUCCAACUCAGCCUCCAAGUCAUCGCCCACCCUCACAUCGUCCAAGCCACCACUGAACCCUUCAUCACUUGGCAAGCCACUUUCACCAUCGAUCGGACCACAGUCCACACCUGGAGGCGUCUCGCUCCCACCCAACGCCCAACCUCUGGUGCUGCCACCAGUCGUGCAAGAGCCUCCCAAGUCCCCAGACCUGAUGAUUGAGCUGGUCGACUCGUUUGGCACAUGCAUCCUCAAGCUGCUGUGUCCCAACAUGAAGGAGAAGCAAGCUUGGCUGACAGAGUUCAAGAAGGUCAUGGACGACUUGGACACGAGGAAGAUCGUCAAUGACGAGGCAAUGAAGAGGUCACAGGAGAAGGCUGGUCUGGCCAAGGCAGCCCUCAGCCAACAGUACGCCACACUGAGAGUCCGUGGGUCGCCACUUUGCCCUCUCAGACAUGAAGCUUGA